GCUCUGGGUAGGGCCGAGUGCCUCCUCCUCCUCCUCCUCCACCGGUCGGUCGUAAGGACCGGCUGACUGCGAAGCGGCGGGGGCUGAGGUUACUGCAGCCUUUGCUCGCCCGGCUCACCAUGGAGCAACCGCGAAUCUGCACAGUCAAUUCCGAGCCGGGAUGGUAUUUGUCGGCUCAGGACUUAGAAGAUGGAGCCCCGCUCCUCUCGCCCCCGGACACGGCAUCGCUGAAUCAUGUAUCAACUGGCACCUCCUUUGGCAUUUCUGUAUUUAAUUUAAUGAAUGCUAUCAUGGGAAGUGGGAUUCUUGGUUUGGCAUAUGUCAUGUCCAAGACAGGAAUCAUUGGAUUCAGUAUGCUGAUGUUAAUUGUUGCUCUCCUUGCAUCUUAUUCUAUAUUUCUGUUGCUUACUAUGUGCAUUUACACUGCUGUCACAUCUUACGAAGAUCUUGGUCUCUUUGCAUUUGGUUCUCCUGGGAAGGUUAUUGUGGCCAGUACAAUCAUUAUACAGAACAUUGGAGCUAUGUCUUCUUAUCUUUAUGUUCUUAAAUCUGAACUUCCUGGUGCUAUUGCAGGACUUCUGAAUGGAGACCAUAGUGGUUCUUGGUAUCUUGAUGGAAGAUUACUGCUGCUGAUUACCUCAGUUUGUAUCGUUUUCCCUCUAGCACUUCUUCCUAAAAUUGGCUUUCUUGGCUGUACAAGUAGUUUAUCAUUUUUCUUGAUGGUAUACUUUACUCUUGUGAUAAUAGUUAAAAAAUGGUCAAUUCCUUGUCCUCUGCCGCUAAACUUUGCUACAGGAUAUUCCCAGAUUUCAAACUCUACUGGAGACUGUAAUGCACAACUUUUUCACUUCUCCAAAGAGACUGCAUAUGCCAUUCCAACUAUGGCUUUCUCAUUUCUCUGCCACACAUCGGUACUGCCAAUUUAUUGUGAGCUCCAAAGUCCAUCCAAAAGCAGGAUGCAAAAGGUUGCCAACACAGGAAUUGCUCUCAGCUUCCUAGUUUAUUUUCUGUCAGCGCUGUUCAGAUACCUCACUUUUUAUGACCAUGUGGAUUCAGAAUUGCUCCAAGGAUACAGCAAGUACUUCCCCCGUGAUACACUCAUCAUGACAGUAAAACUGGGAAUCUUAUUUGCUGUGCUGUUGACAGUGCCUCUAAUUCACUUUCCUGCAAGAAAAGCUGUAAUGAUGAUAUUUUUUUCACAUCUUCCUUUCUCCCUAAUCCACCACAUUUUCAUCACUUUAGUACUAAAUGCAAUUGUUGUUUUGCUCGCAAUGUAUGUGCCUGACAUCAGACAACUUUUUGGAGUAGUUGGGUCUACCACUUCAACAUGUUUGCUCUUUGUAUACCCUGGACUAUUUUAUCUUAAGAUCAGUACAGAGGACUUUAUAUCAUGGCAAAAACUUGGGGCAUGUGCCCUGCUAAUUUUUGGCCUCCUUGUUGGUCUUCUCAGUUUAUCAAUAAUCAUGUACAGUUGGGUCCACCAUUGAAAGUAUUCCUGCCUGCUAAAAUCUAGAAUUGUACAUAAGAAGAGCUGCUAAAAUGAAUCAUUUCCACAGUGUUUUAAAUAAAAUUAUUCUGCUAAGUGCUGA